AUGCCCAGAAGAGCCCAUAACCUCCUCUCGGCCACGAGGGGGCGCGUCCGUGCUUCUAUGAACAAGGGCAAUCUCUUUAACUUGUUCAAAAAGGGCCCUACCAAGUACAACCAACAGACAUUGUACCAGCAAAAAUGGAAAGCCAAGCAGGAAACCAGAGCCUACCACGGAGAGCACUUGGGUGAAAAGCGCUGGAAGGCCGUAUUCAAGCCUAAUCUUAAUUCCGUGGCCCAGUUGGAUGCUUCUUUGCAGGGUAAGAAGGUCAACUUCACGCCUAAUGCCAUGCAGACAUAUGCUACUUUGGAGAAGAGACUUGAAGUGGCUCUUUUCAGAGCCAUGUUCGCCUCGUCCGUCAGACAGGCUCGUGAGUUUAUCAAAGGUGGCCACGUGAAGGUGAACGGUGUGGUGAUGAAGCACCUGUCGUUUCCUUUGAGCAGUGGAGAUAUUUUCAGCAUCAAUCCAGAAAAGGCUCUUCUAGCCAUGGGCAGAGUCAAACCUAGUUUGGAACAGGCUGUUAAAGUUGACAAAAAGCAGAUUGGUGCUUGGAACAACUACGUCAAGACGGCCAAGCAGCAUCCAAAGGAAGUGUGGGAAUUGAAGCAGAACAAGCCUCCCACCUUGAACACCUUGAACGAUCAGGCAGCUUCCAAGACUGUUUCCGCCAAGUCGUACAAUGAAGGUCUUGAAAAGGCCAUGCUUGAGGAGCAGAGAAAAACCACCAGAGAGUCUAUCUUGUCUAAGAUCUUGACGGUGGCUGCAAACAAGCCAGUGGAGGAACUCCAACCUGAGGCCUUCAAGAGCAUACUUCCCAACAAAGACGAUGCUUCCAAGGCUUUGAACGCAUACAAGAUCUUGAAGGAGGCCGAGGCUUCCGUCAUUGGCAAGACUUCUGUGGAAGAUUGCAAGAAGUACAUCUCCACCAAGUCCACCGAAUUCAAGAGCAAGGACGAGGCCAGGAUUGCCUCUCAGGCCAAGAAGAUUUUGCUGGAAGUUCUCAGCUCCCACUUGGAGUUCCUCCGCGUCAACUGCGAGAACUCUAAGAUUCCCGAGGGCUCCAUCUCCAUGCCUUACAGCCCAGACUUCGCUAAGAAGUUGAAGACGCACGCCAAGUUGGACAAGGAUGCUAUUCUUGAGGACGAGAGCACUGCCAAGGUUAAUUUGCCCUGGCAAAAGGGCCUUUUUGGCCGUCAGGACCCAUCGAAGCCAUACUUCUCACCAUGGACACCCAGACAAUUCCUCGGAGCCUUUGCGGUGUUGCCUCACCACCUUGAAAUCUCGUUCGAGACAUGUCAUGCUGUUUACUUGGCCGACCCUGUUGCCAGACCAGGCCACUCCGAGGUGAUUUCUCCAUACGGUCUUCCCACCCAUGAGAGAGCUUUCUUGUACUACGCCAGAAAGGGAAUGUAA